AUAUGGUACUAAGUGGGUUAAGCAGUGAUCAGGUAGAUUGAAACUUUUUGGAUUUCUCCGGAAGAAAUUAAUUUCAUUGAAAACUCUGUUUAAAGAACGAAUUCGGGCAAAAACAAGGAUUAUACGUGAAAAAAAAAGAUUUUCUUUUUUUACAUUAAAAAUUUUCCACUGACAAUUAAUAAUAAUAUAAUAACUGAUAUUGACUACUAUCACGCUACAGUUUUAAGACAUGGUUUCUUGUCAUCUGUCCAUUUUUCUCGGAUUUUUGGUGUGCUUCCGGUCUACAGAUGGAUCCCGCUUCCGGUCUAGCGCAGGGUCUCGUUUUGGUGCUUUUAGAAGACCCCAAGCACAUGACUCAUGCAACACAAAGAGGAUAGAAAUGGACAUUACAAGAACUAUGUCUGUAACGUACAAUGGCGUACAGAAAACUGUGGAAUGUGUGGCAAGGCCCUCCGUCAACGAGUGUGAGGGAGUAUGCCAAUCUAAAGCAGAACCAAAUGUCAGCACGUUCCCAGAUCUUAAAAAGGAUUGCAAAUGCUGUAAAGAGGGGCGUCUACUGACACGACAAAUCGUCCUAGAUGAAUGUUACGAAAACGGUAUCGUAUUGCCAGGCCUACGUCCUUCCACUUCCAUUACAGAACCGGCGGAUUGUGCAUGCUUCCCUUGCAGAAAUUAGACAUUUUGGUGACUUUUUCUCUUCUGCUGAGUAUUGGAGUGGAAAUAUAAAGAAACGUUCUCAGUUGGACGACAAUUUGUGAUUGUCAAAAUUAACAAUGUAUUAAGACAGAAAGAUAUAUUUUUUUAAAAGUGAUUUAGGAUAAAAUUAUGCACUUCAGUCAACUGAAUGUUCACUGGAAGGUUUGGAAAGAUGAGGGAAUUGCAAAGCUCUGCCAUCAGGCCAUCUUUCAGUAAAUAUUUAUUCACCUUUCAGUUAACUGAAUGGUAUAGUUUAAGCAUGUGAUUACAUAACAUUCAAAUGUUUUCAAUUUCCUUUACACGUGUUAAUCAACGUUUUAUAGCUAAUUUAGAGGCUAUUGAACUUCAUAAAAAUAAAGUGAUGAAAUGG